GCAUAUCCCCUGUCCCGGCAGUGUGCACCUACUGCAGCACCGGGGACCUGCACGCCCUGUGGCGCACGGCCGGCUGCUUGGCUGAGGCCACCGUCCGCCUGUUCGCCGCCGAGCUGGUGCUGGUGCUGGUGUACCUCCACGACCUUGGCAUCAUGCACAGAGAUGUCAAGAUGGAGAAUAUCCUCCUGGAUGAGAGAGGGCACCUCAAGCUCACUGACUUUGGCCUCUCCCGGUACCUGCAGUGGGGUGAGCGAGCCCACACAAUCUGUGGCACCCUACAGUACAUGGCCCCAGAGGUGCUGAGUGGGGGGCCCUACAGCCAUGCAGCUGACUGGUGGUCCUUGGGAGUCCUGCUCUUCGCCCUGGCCAGUGGGGAGUUCCCUGUGGCUCCAGCGGGGGACCAUGUGGCCAUGCUGGAACGUGUCAAACAGAGCAGCUACAAGAGCCCACCCGAGUUCAGCCCUGAGCUGGCCCGGCUGCUCGCCGAGCUGCUGUGCCACAACCCCCUGUACCGCCUGCGCUACCUCCACCACUUCCAGGGCCACCCCUUCUUCCGCGGGGUGGCCUUCGACGCUGACCUGCUGCAGAAGGAGCCGGUGGUGGUCGCAGUGGCCCCGCGACCCCCCGAGCAGCCCCCACCC